AUGGCGUUCGGUGCGAGAUCGUGGGACCACCCGCCCCUCCACCGCCCCCGCCCCCAGCCCCAACCCCAAUACACGUCAACGCCUUCUACGGGCCGGAAAUCCAGCCUUGCUAACCCCGUGACUGAUUUCGUCACCCACGUGGAUACAGUGAAUCAAUAUGCCCCUAUCUACAAGACUUCAGUGGUCUACGUACCUUUUGCGACGACAAUAUAUGACAAAGCCUACGUGACAGUAGAUCAAAAUAUUUUGAGAACUGUUUACACGACGGCAUUUGAUUAUCAAACCGAAUAUGCCACUGAGGUUAGACAAAAGGUUUUCUACAAAACAAUCACUCAAGUAUCGGAAGUCCCUGAGACCGUAUACGUCACAGACAUCCAGCUCAGGCCAGACCCUUCCACCAUCACUGUCUUCCGUACUAUUACUCGAGAUGCAGCUAGGAUUGCCCAGGUCCCCAGAGGAAUCACUCGUACUGUGAACCAGCAGAAGAUAUACACCAAGACAGCCAUAGUCCCACGUGUUGUAGACAGGACCGUUCAAAAGUUCGUCACUGUGACAAACCCUGUUUAUAAGACUGUGACAGUGACUGAGGUUCCCCCACCAGUCAAGCUAGGUCCUACCAUCAUCCAAACUCUGACUGCGAAAGAAGAGCACUUUACUCCGGCUGUCGUCGUAGACACUGUCUUCAUUACUAAGGCUGCUACUGUGAUCGAUCAACAGGCAGUGCCAUACACAGUGACAGUAGAUGGACCUUGCGGACUAGCCGGUAUUGGAGCUGGAGGAGUUGGUCUUGGAGGAGGAUUGGCCCUAGGAGGAGCAGGAGGUGGACUUGGGCUAGGAGGCGCAGACCUUGGACUUGGUCUUGGUGGAGUUAGUUCUGGACUUGCACUUGGAGGUGCAGGGGUAGGAGGGCUUGGGCUGGGAGGAGUGAGUGGGGGAGUAAGCAAUGGAGGGGUGGUACUUGGGGUAUCUGGUGGUGGACUCAGCCUUGGAGGGGGUGCAGCUGCUCCGCUAAGUCUGACGAUAGAUGACGAUGAAUUGGAUUUGCAAGCGUUAAUUGGAGGAGCAGGUGGUGGUCUUGGGCUUGGAGGACUUAGUGUUGGCCAAGGGUUGGGAGGAGUAGAUGGGUUUAGAGGAACAACCAAUGACCUUUUCCUUGAAGGAGUUGGAGGUGGUGUAGACCUUGGAGGAUCUGUCGGAGGAAUUAAACCUGCAGUAGCAGUUGGUGGAUUUAAACCAGGAGGAGCAGUUAGUGGAGUUAGCCUGGGGGGAACCGGAGGUGGAUUUAAACCAGGAGGAGCAGUAAGUGGAGUUAGCCUCGGGGGAACAGGAAGUGGUUUAGGACUGGGAGGAGCAGGAGGUGGGGUAAAUCUUGGAGGAAUAGGAAGUGGAGUAGGUCUUGGAGGAUCAGGGGGUGGAUUUGGACCUGGAGGAGGUGGAGGUGGAUUAGGGCUUGGAGGAUCAGGAGGUGGAAUAGGUCUUGGAGGACCAGGAGGCGGAUUAGGCCUUGGAGGAUCAGGAGGUGGAGUAGGUCUUGGAGGACCAGGAGGACCAGGGGGUGGAUUUGGACCUGGUGGAUCAGGAGGCGGAUUAGGCCUUGGAGGACCAGGGGGUGGAUUUGGACCUGGAGGAGCAGGGGGUGGAGUAGGCCUUGGAGGACCAGGAGGACCAGGAGGUGGAUUUGGACCUGGUGGAUCAGGAGGCGGAUUAGGCCUUGGAGGACCAGGGGGUGGAUUUGGACCUGGAGGAGCAGGGGGUGGAUUAGGCCUUGGAGGACCAGGAGGACCAGGAGGUGGAUUUGGACCAGGAGGAGCAGGGGGUGGAGUAGGUCUUGGAGGACCUGGAGGAGCAGGAGGCGGAUUUGGACCUGGAGGAGGAGGAGGUGGAUUUGGACCUGGAGGAGCAGGCGGUGGAGUAGGCCUUGGAGGACCAGGAGGUGGAUUUGGACCAGGAGGAGCUGGAGGUGGAGUAGGUCUUGGAGGACCUGGAGGAGCAGGAGGCGGAUUUGGACCUGGAGGAGGAGGAGGCGGAUUUGGACCUGGAGGAGGAGGAGGUGGAUUUGGACCUGGAGGAGGAGGCGGUGGACUGAACCUUUCAAUAGAUGAUGAUGAUUUCGAUCUGGAUGACGACGACAACAGCCUCGUCCUCGGAGGGGGAUCUUCAGGAUUAGGAGCCGGCCUCGGGCCAAUCGACGUCAGAUUAGGCGGAGAUAAAGGCAUAGGAGGCAGUAAGAUAAAAGUGGAUACGUAGUGAACCGACCCUUUGGACUGCCCUAAAACUCCUCAGGGGGCCCCAUUAAGUUUUAGAUGAAGGUUUAGAUUAUGUCUAACCCCUGGGUUCGAUUAAGUGUAACCACCUCAUCUUGAUGGGUAGGUAAGAGAACAAGCCUUUGGAGCAGGACCUAGGCUUAAAACUAGGCUGACCAUCUUCCUAGCUGCAUAAAGGUAAAAGAAAGUUUAAUACUAGUCUUAGAAUCUUCUGUAGGAUGGAAAAAUUAGGAGAAGUGAGCUUGAGACAUGGUUUACUUUCUAAACUUGAAGUGAAAUGUCCAAAAUUCUUGAAACAAGUCUUUGCCACUUCUUCGGAAACUUGAGACUAAAUCUAGCCUCAUCUCUAGAAGUGGACAAGUCUGUAAACAAAGUUCAGGCAUGGUCUUGCUACUUAUCUACAAGUAGAUAAGUAGAACCAAGCUGUUUAACAUAGUAUGUUUCAUGUAUUUGAAGUGUUCUAUCAAUUUCCAAGCAAAAAAUAACAGUUUACUUGUAAUCAAGAUGUGAAGUUUUGCUGCUCAUUCUCUACAGUCAGGGUUUGUAAACUUUCAGUAUCUUGGCAACUAAUGUUAGUCAAUACUCCGUCUACUGAUGUAAAUCUGUUGCUUAGACCCAGUAAGGGUACAAGCGAAAUACUUUCACAUAUACAUACAUAUACGAGUGUAUAUGUAUAGCAUUGUGAUGUAUGCUCAUGUUGUUAUUGUAAGAUAUAUUUCUGUUGUACAUUAUUUUGUGUUGUAUAUUAUUCUGUGAGUGAUUUUGAUAUGUGUAUAUUUUAAUAAAACGUUAUUUGUUAUAAGA